AUGACUGUCUUGAAAUAUGAUGAUGAUGCACAUGCUUGCAAUGCUCAGACUGUUUCUUGUGCCCAGUCCCCACUUCCCCCAUCUUCACCACCCACAUAUGAGUCUGAUGACUCUGCCCAUCCUAAGAAGGGCAAAGGUAGGGCUAUAGAUGCCAAGGACAUUGAUGCUGCAAACCACAGUGACUGUGACACCCAACUCACAAACCUCAAGAAUGUUAAGGCUUCUCAUACCAAAAUUAAUGAGGCCAACCUCUUCCAUUCAUGGUAUUGGGCCACACAGCCCAAACCAGAUGGUGCUGAUCGAAAUUCAAUCAACAAUUUGAUUACGAAGGAGUACAACACCCUCAUGAUAGGCAUCCCCAAGGAUGACUUUGCAACAAGGAGGGAAAAGUUUAAAGCUGUCUAUGAGUGGAGUGAGAGCUCCUCUGCCAUACCAACUAAUCAAUCUGUCAAAUCUAUUGCAGCUAGAGUGGACAAUGCAAAGACACAAUUUUCUGGAUUGGUGGAGGUGUGGUCCAAACUCAAGGAUAUUGAGAUAGUUGGAGUGGUAAUGUAUGUUGGACAGGACCCUGCAGGAUAUCAAACUUCUGGCAUAUUUGGAGGCUCUGAGACAAUAAGAAACUUCAUCAAUGAAAAUGGCAUUGAUGUCCAGUCACUCAUGGAUAAGUAUACCACAAUUUUCAAGUGUCUCAGGAACAGUGAUGGUGCAGAUGCCAGGGUGGCUGGCACUGGUUCCAUUGGAGAUGUGGGUUCUGUGCUGGAACUACAUUGCUGUACAAAGGAGACUCUGAGAGACUGCAACCACAGAGUAUUUGGAAGCAUGAUGAAGGAGAAGAUGUUGGCUGCAUUGAGAGAUCUGCAUGUCACAUGUGGCAUUGAAGUCAGUGAUCCCCAGAAAGUUUCCUGGCACCAGCUUCUCAAGUUUUUGCAGAAGAGCCACCUCACUAUUGUCAACUGGACCCAUAGUGUAUCUCCACUGGGCCCUGCUUUCAAGUACAAGAAACUUAAGGCUGGCCCUUUUUGUCAACUUGUAGUACCUUACCUUUGGAGAAAACUGGGUCUUUUGUAUGACAGGCAAACCAAUGAUGAGGAAGAACAAGAUAGACUGGAUGAUGUGCUGGAAAUUGAGAUUAAGUGCUGGAAUGAAGAGGUCAUCAAUAUUUUGGAUGCUGACCCUUUGAAGGGUGAGAUCACACUCAUCAAAGCUACUGAUGGUACUGUUUUUCAGCAGAUCUCAGAUGAUCCAGAGUGGAAGAAGUCCCUCAAGGAAAUGGAUCACCAGCAGCAAGGCACAGAGGUCCUUCAACAGCCACAACCCUGA